CUUCGGCACGCCAGCCCAAGAUCUGCACAUCAACUCUAUCCCCAUUCUUCAGCUCGCCUAGUCCUUUGACAGUCGAGCUUGUCUCCAUACGGCGCCCGAUGCGACAUACCCCAGCCUUUGGGGCGCCGCCGAUGCAGUUUGCUCGGGACGUAACCUUCCGGCUGGGCCAGGUCCCCGUCCUCGCAAACUGCCGAGUCCCCACCAAUCGACAUGGCCGCGCUCCUGGAUCCUGUCAACAUGACACUCCCUCUAAUUCCCUGGCGCCAGGAACCGUGGGCUCCAAUUAAUCAUCACCGAAUUCCACCUGGCAAUAGGCACUUUCCCGAUCCCGUUUAUCUCUACGGGCACCGCUCAUUGCAGGACAACCCCUGGUCCAUCCGUCUCCAAGACAGAAUCCCUGAUGCCAGGUCUCAAGGUCACAUUCCAUGGUCUGCAAUGGCAGUCGCUCACUCGUGACCCAUGUCAGGAACCGAU